AUACUGGUUUGGGUCUCUGUUCCACUUGUUUUCGUGGAUAGCUAUAUUGGUUUCAGAAAACCAGCAAUUGAGAAUCCUGUGAAGACAAACAAAAUCCCAAGGCAGAUCCCUGAGCAGGCCUGGUACAUGAACCUAACCUUCUCCGCUUUGAUUGGAGGAAUACUUCCAUUUGGAGCUGUUUUCAUUGAACUUUUCUUUAUCCUUACCUCAAUCUGGUUGAAUCAGUUCUACUACAUCUUUGGGUUCCUCUUUUUGGUCUUCAUCAUCCUUGUUGUCACUUGCGCUGAAAUAACCAUUGUGCUCUGCUACUUCCAGUUGUGCAGUGAGGAUUACUUGUGGUGGUGGCGUUCAUACCUUACUUCUGGCUCAUCUGCGCUAUACCUCUUUCUUUAUGCAACAUUCUACUUCUUCACCAAGCUUGAAAUCACAAAGUUGGUGUCUGCAAUAUUUUACUUUGGAUACAUGCUUAUAGCUUCUUAUGCGUUUUUUGUGGUAACCGGUACUAUUGGAUUCUAUGCAUGCUUUUGGUUCACAAGGCUCAUCUACUCUUCAGUCAAAAUUGACUAGUUAUAGCAGUCAAUGGUUUGUGUUAAAUCUUCUAUAGUUAUUUUAGAGGAUGAAGCAAGUUUGUGUAAGGAUUUCAAAAUUCAAGUCCUGUCAUGAUCACGUGUAACCUAUUAUAUACAAUUUUGAAUUAUGAUGA